AUGAACUGUAUUCGAUACCAUCACGGUCGGUUAUUACCUGAAAAAAUACCACAACAAAUUAUUACGACUUUAUUAUUCAUGCCGAAUCAAGGAUCUACGUGCCCUUCAUCACCACAAACUAUGCCUAUGAUAUACAGUGAUGCUGAAAUGGAUACGAAUGAAAACUCAUAUGAAUCAGAUGUUGAAUUCUGUGAUAAAGGUGUACCAGACUCCCCUCUGGAUUUAACAAUUAAUAGUAUACGUUAUCCAUCUGCUAAACGACCAAUAUCCAAUCAAGAUCCAUUACCAUUAUCUGAAACUGCACUCCCAAAACCUAGUCAUAUUUUUGCUCCACCAAUGGUAGGAACUUUUGUAUUGCCAUCGCCACUAAUAGUAACGCAACCAAAAGCGGAAUGGCACUAUCGAAGUAUGAAAGAUUUAGCGAAAAAACAUAUUCCAUAUUUGUCUGGCGAUGGUCCUCAACGCACACCAAUUCGAAUAAAAGUUCCUCCAAUAACUGAUCGUCAAUUGUAUCUUGCUGUGAACGUUGUAACCGUCGAUGAUCAAUGUCAUGUUUCGAAAGUUAUUGUACCACCACGAACCAGUGUAAUAGAAAGUCAACUAUCUCGUGAUAACAAUCUUGCCCGUUUAAAUUUCGAUGCAUGUAAUCCAACAGAUUAUUUCGAUCCCUCGUCAAGGUGCGUUUAUUUUCAAAUCAAUUCUGAAGAGUGCGCUGCUGGAUUAAAAGAAGUACGAUUUCACAUGUUUAAUUUAUAUCAAAAUCACAUGAUAACUAAAGAUAUAAUCGAAUCGAACCAGUUAGAUUCAUGUAAGCUAGCUUUCUGGUUCUGCGUCCUUGAUAAUAACCAUUUUGAACCUGUGUCUUUGCCAACAUAUUCAGUCAUUAUUCGAGAGAGUAAAUUAACGAGCCGACCUCGUGUGUCACAAAAAAAAAUCAAUCAAGGACAUGCAUGUCUGCUAGAUCCACGUGAAUUAUAA